GUUGUGACAUCUAUGGGCAUCCGGCUGUCUGCUUCCGGAGGUGGAAACGCUAAGCUAAGCUAAUAACAUAGAAAGGCAAGCGCCCAGAAAAAGACGAGGAGAAAGAAAUCCUUUUAUAUAUUGUCGUGCCAAGAUGAACGCGCCGCCUGCUUUCGAGUCGUUCUUGUUGUUCGAGGGCGAGAAGAAGAUCACCAUCACCAAGGACACUAAAGUGCCCAACUCGUGUCUGUUCACGCUCAACAAGGAGGACCACACGCUCGGCAACAUCAUACAAGCGCAGCUGCUCAAGGACCCGCAAGUUCUAUUCGCCGGCUACAAGGUUCCUCACCCCCUGGAGCACAAAAUCGUCAUCAGGGUACAGACCACGCCGGACUACAGUCCUCAGGAAGCCUUCACCAAUGCCAUCACCGACCUGAUCAGUGAGCUGUCCCUAUUGGAGGAACGCUUCAGAGUGGCUAUCAAAGACAAACAAGAAGGCAUCGAGUGAUCAGACCUACCGCAAUCAUUACGCCCCACCCCCUCCCCCACGUGUAAAUAGUCACCUGUGUGUGCAACUUUGUAGCUGCAAAGUCAAAUAAAAGUCUUUGUUUUUUGUGUUUUGGAAAACGCGACGGAGAAAUCUCAAAA